AUGUUUUUCCACUUGGCAUUAGAGCAUGAAGUGUGCUUACAUCCAAAAUACUUCGGUCCAAACCUAAAUGAAACAAUCAAAAUGAAAUUAUUCAACGAAGUAGAAGGAACAUGCACAGGUAAGCAUGGUUUUGUUAUCGCCGUAACAACAAUUGACACAAUUGGUCACGGAAUCAUUCAACCAGGUAGAGGUUUUGUUAUUUAUCCUGUGAAGUAUAAAGCCAUCGUUUUUCGGCCGUUCAAAGGUCAGGUUGUAGACGCAGUAGUUAACCAGGUUAACAAAGUUGGAAUAUUUUGUGAUGUUGGACCAUUGUCUUGCUUUAUUUCAAGGCAUUGUAUACCUCCAGAUAUGGAGUUUGAUCCCAAUUCUAACCCCCCAUGUUAUAAAACUCAAGACGAAUCUGUAGUUAUCAAGCAAGACGAUGAAAUCCGAGUGAAACUGAUAGGAACCAGGGUGGACGCUAAUGAUAUAUUUGCCAUAGGAACAUUAAUGGAUGACUACUUGGGAUUAUGCGCAACUGAAUGA